AUGACCCAACACAGCAAGACCAUUGCGGUGGUCAAUGCCACCGGCCGGCAGGCGGCAUCGCUCAUCCGCGUCGCAUCGGCCCUGGGCUAUACGGUGCGCGCCCACACACACACCUUGAAGGGCGUGAUUGCCGCCGAACUGCAGAGCCUGCCCAAUGUCACACUGAUCCAGGGCUCGCUGCUGGACAACGCGCCGCUGAUGGACGAGGUGCUCCGGGGCGCCCAGCUGGCCUUUAUCAACACCGUCUCGCAGGCCGGCGACGAGGUCGCAAUGGGCCGCCAGCUGGCCGACGCCGCCAAGCGGGGUGGCUCCAUCCAGCAUUACGUCUAUAGCAGCAUGCCGGACCACUCGGUGCAUGGCCCCUGGCCCGGUCUGCCCAUGUGGGCGUGCAAGUUUACCGUCGAGAACUACGUGCGCCAGCUGGGUAUCCCCGCCACGUUUGUGUAUGCGGGAAUCUACAACAACAAUUUCACCAGUCUCCCGUACCCGCUCUUCCAGAUGGAGCUGCAGCCCGAUGGCAGUUUUGAAUGGGCGGCUCCUUUUCCGCCAGAUAUGCCGCUGCCCUGGCUCGACGCCGAGCAUGACGUUGGUCCUGCCUUGAUCCAGAUCUUCAAGGAUGGGCCGCAGAAGUGGAACGGUCAUCGAAUCGCCCUCACCUUCGAGACCCUGUCCCCGAUUCAAGUGUGCAAUGCCUUUGCCCGUGCCCUCGGCCGACGCUGCCACUACCGCCACACCUCCAAGAUCGAAAUCAAAGUCAACAUCCCAACGGGCUACCGAGAACAGCUGGACGGACUGGCGCGUCUGUUUGGCGAGCUGGAGGCUCCCUACUUCCCUCACCCCGAGUUCAACACCCCGGCCGCCGGCUCGCCCAAGGGUCUUGGGCCCGCGGGCGGAAAGGGAGCUGGUGCUGGCGUGAUGCAGGGCCCUGGUGGCGUCGUGUCGCAGCGUGUCACCGACGAGGCUCGACGGUUGUGGCAGGGCUGGCGCGACAUGGAAGAAUACGCGCGCGAGGUGUUUCCCGUGGAGGAAGAAGCCAACGGGUUACAGUGGAUGCUGUGA